AUGAAAGAAUGGGAUGUAGUCUUUAACAAACCUAAAGCGACAAUAGUUUCAGAACAAGAAUGUAGACAGAAACUUAAGAAAAUAAAAGUCGUACAAGUUGGCAUGAAGAUGUUAGAUGCUUGGGAUAUCUUAUUGUCAAAGUUAGAAGAUUUUUCAGUUCGUGGUAUAAAGUUCUAUACACCAUCUCCAAACUUCUAUUCUAUCUUCACUGGAUAUAAAUAUGAACAAGUAGAAUGGAAAGAAAAUGUUAUAGAAGCUUGGUUAGACCAUGUCAAAGAAAUUAUAUGCAAUGGAAACGAAAGAGUCUAUGAGUAUAUCUUAUGUUGGUUUGCAAACAUCUUACAACAUCCAAGUGCUAAAAAUGAAACUGCUCUCAUCAUAAUUGGAAAACAAGGAACAGGUAAGAACACUUUCUUUACAGAUAUCUUAUGCAAACUGUUAGAAGGCUAUUCGAACCCGAAUAUGACAAACUUAGAAAACAUCUGCGGUAAAUUUAACUCUUCAAUAGAGAAUAUGAAACUUAUAGUAUGUAACGAACUUCAAAGUAUAGAUACAACAAAAGUUUUGAACUCAGAUGCUUUGAAGAGUCUUAUAACAGACAAAGUUGGAGUUGUUGAAAGAAAAUAUAAAGACCAAAGA